UAAUUCGGAUAUAAUAAUAAUAUUUAUUUACAAAAUAACGUUGCAUAUUUUAUCUAACAAAACGACAGUGAAUUUUUCUGAAACUUCGAAGAAAAUACUAUCGAGCAACAGAAUUUUAAGCUUAACUGUCGUAUAUACAAAAAGAACCUGUAUAUAUGAUGAGAGGAACAACCAACAAACUGUCUUCAAAUAGGCAACAGGUAUCUGAUGUUGAAAAAUUGUCGUUGUCACAGGGUCAGCAAACAUUUAGUGGCCAGCAUAUACUAUACACACCGGUCUUAUAUAUCUCAGGGAACGGUAGUUAUGUAGCAGCACCAUCUGCGGGUUAUACUUUACCCCAACAGAGUGGGCUGCAACAGCCAACUCUAAGUGCAGCAGUUUCAGCCUCUGCUGUAUCAUCACAACCCCCAUUGCAACUUCUACACGGCAUUCAGCCAUCAGUUUCUUCUGGGCAACAAACAGAUUUAUAUAAAAUGCAGCCCCAAUCGGGGCAAAACAUCUAUGUUCCGCAAAGUACGGCCAAUAAUUCAACAGGUAGAUCAAAUCAACCUGCAAAUGGUAAUAUUUAUAGACAAAAUCCUUCAAGUCCUUCACCUAGGAACACAUAUGUCCAUUCCACUAUUUAUCCCGCAGUGCAACAAAACUUUGUGUUGGGACACUUUACAGCACCAUAUGCAACGCGCACACCACAAUUACAACAGUGUCAAUAUUCACCUCAAAACUAUCCGCAAAUGUAUUUUCCAUAUUAUUUGCAACAGCCGCCACAACAACAACGUACUGCAGUUAAGCCCGGAGUCGGUGUGGGAUUAAGCAGUGCUAUGACAGUACAACCACGUGGUUCUGUUAGUGGCCCUACAGCACCUGGCAACCAAGCUCAGUUGCCAUUAGGUGUAGCUCCGACAAGUACGGUUUUAAGUUUUGCAAGUAAAACGGCAGCUAAACCAGUAAGAGUUGCACCAUUAGUUGGAAUGCCACAUCAGCCACCACCUCAACAGCAACUACAAAAUCCGAUCCAAACGAAGGGGAAGCUGCGUUCUCAUGCUCUGCAAAUUAUCCAUCCUGUUACAAAUAGAAAUAUUUUGGAGGAGUCAGAUAUUGCCAAGAAUGAGUCGACUAAUAUUGCAUCGGGUUGCCAAUCAUCGUCAUCAUCUACAAAUGCAGUUCCAUCGUUAGAUAUAGAAAUUGAAUCCUUAUCAACAGCAUCGACUUUAUCUAUUAAAUCAGAACUAAACAUACCUGAAACUUUAAAAUCCCAUACGGAAGUCGUGCAACCUAUAGAAGAAUUCGUUGAUAGAAACUUUAAAGAAACAACUCAGCAACAGCAGAAAACAGCAAUUGUAUCGCCAUUGACAGACGUGCCAUCUGUUGAAAUUUUAACGACACAACCACAGAAACAAAAAACUAAAAAAUCCCAGAAUAUUGCCGACAUGAAACUGGACCAAAACUUGUGUCAAGGCAAUUGUGUUCAAGAUUCGCUUCCAACAAAUUAUAUUAACCAAGAAGUACAAGAACAAUUAAAAGAUCAAAAACUAGAGGAAAAUAUAUCAUCCAAGUCGCCGUCAUCAUCUUUAAAAACUUCAAGUGAUAAUAAUACUAUUAGUAAACAAAAGCAGAGCAAAGAAAGUUGUACAGAAGAAUAUUUUGAGCAAGAAAAAUCUUCUAUUUGUAAUAUUGCGGAUUCUGUAAAAACUAUGCCACUAGGAAUACAAGAAUUUGCAAUAUUACCACAACAAAAACAAAUAAAUAUUGUUAAUAGUAGUAGUAAUGUGCAACAUAAAGAAGAGCAGGAACAACGAGAAAGCCAAUAUACAAAUGCCACAAAUGGUAAUUCAUUAACAACGACAACAGCCGCAACAUUGAAUGAAUCAACAGACAACACAAACAAUUUGUCUACGAAUACAACAAAUAAAAAUGCUGACAAAUUAGAUAACAAGAAUGAUAAUAUUACGGAAAAAACUGAAGUAGCAUCAGCAACAAUUGAAACUGUAACUGGAUGCGCCGAUACGUGUAAGACUAUAACCCUGGAAGAUGAAGAUCGUGAUGAAACAGAUAAGCCGAAUUUCGAUUCAGAAAACAAACAAAAUGUUGAAAAUAGUUCGACAAAAUCAUCAACAACACCAACAAAUAAUAAUGCAACUACUAUUUCCACUAAAAAUGAAAAAACGAAAACUGAACCUAGCAAUGACAAUAAUAAUGAGAGUAAGGAAGGCAGCGAUGAUAAAAAGGAAGGAGUUGGCGAAGAUAAUAACAACACAGACGAAACGGCUGCCAAUAACAAGCCAUCAUUGAUUAACUACAAUGAAGGUCAAUGGUCGCCCUCAAAUCCUAGCGGAAAAAAACAGUACAAUCGUGACCAAAUGAUGCAAUUGCGUGAGGUAAAGGCUUCUCGUAUACAGCCCGAAGUAAAGAACACAUCAAUAUUUUCGCAAACCAAUUUAAUGCCAGCAUUUGCUUCGCGCGGCAAUAAAAAGGUACAAUCUAUGGUUGGUGGCUUCGGUGGCGCAAGGCACUGCCGUAGUUUUGAUGCCAACUAUCAAAAUAAUUAUAUGAAACAGAGUUCAAUGUCGGGUCGCGGAGGAGCCGAUGUCGGUCACCAUAAUCGAAAUAGUGGCAAACCUAUAAUACAUUUAAAUCUAUCUUUGAAUCAAGACGUCAAACUGAAUGAAGCCGAUAACGCUUGGCGUCCUAGCGUAUUGGUUAAAUGUGCUGAGAAACAAAUUGAUCCUGAACUUAAGGCGCAACGUGAAAAGGAUGAAUUGAUACGACGUGUCCGAGGCAUAUUAAACAAACUAACACCUGAGAAGUUUGAACCACUUGUGGAAGAAAUUAUUAAACUUAAAAUCGAUAACAUGGAGAAAAUGGAAGCUGUAAUGAUUUUGGUUUUUGAAAAAGCUAUCGAUGAGCCCAAUUUUUCAGUGUCAUACGCUAGUUUAUGUCACCGUUUAAUCAACGAAGUAAAAGCCCGCGACGAACACAUGGAGAGUGGAACUAAAUCCAAUCUCGCCUAUUUCCGUAAUGCUUUAUUGGACAAGACCGAAAGAGAGUUCAAUCAGAAUGUCACGAAAAGCAGUGCAAAGGAGGAAAAACUGAAGCCCAUAAGAGAAAAAAUUAAUAAUCCCACAGAUCCCAAGGAAAAGGUAGAACUUGAGGCUUUAUUGGAUGAAGAAGAGCGCAAGAUUCGUCGACGUUCUGGUGGUACUGUGCGUUUUAUUGGUGAACUAUUUAAGAUAUCCAUACUAACGGGCAAAAUCAUACACACAUGUAUCGAAGCUCUGCUUAAAGAUCCAAAUAAUGAGGAUAUGUUGGAAUGUCUAUGCAAGCUUUUAACUACUGUGGGUCAGAAAUUCGAACAGACACACAUCUCCAAAGAUGAUGAACGCAAAUACUCAUUAGAGAGCGUAAUACAACGCAUGCAAAAUAUCGCUUUAAAACAUGAAAAUUCAAAAAUAUCAUCACGUAUCCGCUUUAUGUUACAAGAUGUCAUUGAUUUGCGAAAAAAGAAAUGGCAGUCGACACGCAAUGAGGCACCCAAGACUAUGGAACAAAUAGAAAAGGAGGCUAAUAAUGAAAAAUUGAGCAAUCCGUAUCAUUAUAUGAACUCAAUGCCAGGUGGUUCAGCGAAACACGAUGGGGGAGGUCGUAAUGAUAGUCGUUCCGGAAAUUACGAAGGUACUCAUAGUCAACAAGGUGCCACUGGAAGUCUUAAACGUCGACAGGGUGGUGGUGGAGUUAGUGGCGGUAGUCAUAGUCAGUCGGGAAAUUCAAAUAAUGACGACACUUGGCAUGUACAGACUGGCAAAGGUAAUCGUACACAGGCAGUAGAUUCUAGUAAACUAGUUGGAUUGACUACGGUUGAUAUGAAUAAUAAGAAAAUGGGUGGUCUUUCGUUAUUCCUAUGGCCUAAAACUUCAUCGCAACCAACAACAAUUCCAUCAAAUUCUUUUGCUGCCAACAAAAGUUCCGAUCGGGACCCUAGUGGAAAGCGUAAUAAGGGUUCAUAUAACAAAGGAUCCAUGAAACGUGAUCGCCAUGGUCAUGGUAGAUUACUCUCACGGACUGGGUCAACACAAGCAUCACGAGAAAACUCCUCUUCCCGUAGUAGCCAAAAAGUAUGUGGCAUGGGCGGUGGUAAUUCAUCAAAUAUGCAAAAAUCAGCUAGUCAUUCCAAAUAUCAACAACCAAUGUUGUCGUCCACUUCAUUAUCUAGAAUGACUUCAUCAAAAAUGUCCGGCAUGUCAACAGGCAGAGGUGGUAGUGGACACACUGCAAGUUCUAGUUUAUACCGUGAUAAUCAACAACAACAGUCUUCUCACUAUUCAUCUAAUGUAACAGAUCAUCAACAGCAACAUUUCAAACCAGCCGCUAGUGAAUCAACUCAGCCGUCAUCUGCGCCGCCAGCAGUUUUUGAAGAACCAUCUUAUGCGGAUUUAAAAAUAAUUAAAGCUGUUGUCAUUGAGAUGGGAGAAAAUGCUGCCAACUCGAAAUGUAUAGAUAACACGACAGUAUCGUGUAUAAAGAAAAUCAAGGAAAAUCAACGCUGUGGUUUGGUCUAUUACAUAAUUACGGAUUAUUUGCAUUUAGCAAAUGUUGGACCAAUGUGCCGGCGACACCUGGCUAAUGUUGUAGCGUUUUUAAUUGAAAAUAAAUACAUUUCCGCCGAACACUUCCGCUUGGCCUAUAAACACUUUUCCGAAUUUGCGUGUGAUUUAAUUGUUGACAUACCCGAACUAUGGUUGUACAUAUUCGAAUUUACCGGACCCUUAAUAGUUAAGAAACUAAUAACUGCAAAUGAUUUAUGGAACACACAACUGAGUGAAAGCGGCUCACCUAAUUUUUGCCUCAAAUUCCUUAAAACCUUUUUAAAGUACUGCACACGAGAAGUAGGUCCCAGAUUUACACGCAACAUGUGGAAUAAAAAUCACAUAAAGUGGACAGAUUUUAUGAAUGAAAAUGAAGUUAACAACUUUAUUCAAACAAAUAAAUUUGAAUAUGUUGAAAAUGAAGAAUACCAACCAGAUAUAGAUAACAAAGAAUCUAAAGAAAAGCGUAAUAAACGUGUAGUGAAGCAUAUCGAUCAAUUAUUAAAAGAGGGCUCCAAUGCUGACAAUCUCAUUGAUUAUAUCAAUGGAAAUAUAGUAGAUGUGGAUAAAACGUUCAUUAAAAGUUUAACGACUACGUUGACAAGCUUUGCUAUAAAGGAUUCCAAUAAUUAUAGUUUAGAUUUACCGUGCUUCCAGAAAAUGUGCAUACCUGUACUGCUGCGUUACUUAGACAAUAAAGAAGACUUGGAACUGGAAUGCCUAUAUGCCAUACAAUUGUUGGUUCAUAAUCUAGAACAUCCAAGAGGAUUAUUGGGAGCUAUUUUUGGUGAGCUAAACGAUGCAGAUGUCAUUCCCCAAGAAACAUUUAUAGCGUGGCGUGAUUCAAAGGACCAAUCAACUGGAAAAGGUGUGGCCGUCAAAGCUCUUAAUUCAUUUUUCAAUCAAGUUAUAAACUGUGAAUUGUGCUGUGCAACUAUUAGAAGACAAACAAAAAAACUUAAAAAAUAAUUUUUUUUUAUAUAA